AUGGCGGUGAAGCAGCAGCAAGAGGAGGACGACGGAGGUCCGAAACCGAUGGUGGAGAUUAAUAAUCUCAAAUUCACCUACCCAGGAAUCGACGGCCAUCAUCCGCCUGGCUCUACUCCUUUGAUCCAGGAUUUUUGCCUCACUCUUUAUCCCGGCGAUCGUUGCCUUCUUGUGGGAUCCAAUGGCGCAGGAAAGCAUAUGGUGGAGCCUGAGAUGGUGAGGGUCCUGGGAAGAUCAGAAUUUCAUGAUACUGCUCUCACUGUUUCUGGAGACCUCUGUUACCUAGGUGGUGAGGUUUUAGGUGUAGAUCUAUCAUGGCGGAUGCACAAAGUGUCUGAUGGUCAGAGAAGAAGAGUGCAGAUAUGUCUAUGUUGCUCAUGGGAGAUUGCAAUUAGCAAUGCCGUGGAAAAGGUCAGGGAGAUGAGCCAGCUCUCGCUAAUGAGAACAGUGGAGACUUGGCUGAGAAAAGAACGAGAUGAAGACAGGGAAAGAAGGAAAGAGAGGAAGCAAAAGGUCUUCCUCAGUUCGAGAGCAAAGUUGAGGGCAGUCUGGUGAAGGGAGGGGGGGCAGCCCGUGCCCUCAACAAUGGAUGGGCCGGAGGCAGGAUGCAUUCCACUAUUGCUGGUGAAGAUAAUUUCUUCUUGAGCUCUAACAGGGUUCUCAGAUAGUUUCUUCAUGCAGAAUCUGCCAUUUCUGUUUACGGCUUUUCACUUCCUAUAUAGACGUAAGUAUAUUGGAUUACGAAAUGUGAGUUAACUCUCUUUUUAUCCAUUGAUUUUUUACUAAAUAUGUUAUGGUAUAAAAUUGAUUCAUGCUGCCUUUUUCUGUUUCUCCUGGUCUUGCCAUUUUGCUGCUUCGCCGUGUUAAAUCUGCAUCUGACAGCAAAAGGUAUUUUUCCAAGCAGUUCUUCCUAACUCUAUUUGCAGCUUCUUAACUCGUGUAUUAACUGACUAUCCUGUUCCACAUAUUCUCUGUUAGUAUCUGAGUUAUUUGAUUACAUUGACUGAUUUGGAUCAAUAUUUCAGAAACUGAACCAAUUUGGCGGAUUUUGAUUCUGUUCAUAUUGAAUUGGAAGUUGUGUUUAUAGUUGAACAGCCAUAGUUACUAGAUUGCAUCUGACUAGAUUUAUAUGUUGCCAGUUUGGAAGUGAUUGGAAUUGAUGAAGCUCAGUUUUGAUGAUUUCCAUUGGGGCAUUUUCUCUACAUCUGUGAUUUUUGGUUUCGUUUAAUCAAUUAAUAAAGAAGUUACGCAAGGUGUAUUAACUUGGAUCAGUUGCGCACGAGAAAUUUUUUUAAAAAAAAACUGAGCUUUCGCCAGUUUUUGAUAUAUACAAAUCCAAAAUGUAGAAAGAUAACUGAGCUUUCGCCAGUUUUUUAUAUGUGCAAAUCCAAAAAAACUGAGCUUUCGCCUGUUUCGCCAGUUUUGGAUCAGUUGCGCUUGGCUUCAAACACCCAAGCGAAUUAGUAAGAUAAACAGUUAAAAGAUCUGAUUCAUUUACAAUUUGAUAUGUACAAAUCCAAAAUGUAGAACUAUCAAAACCCACCUCCUGGUCAAGGCACUCAAAUUUCCAUACACUUUCGCCCUCAUCAUUGAUUUCAUUCCACCACCUUAAACCCACUAGAAUUCUUCCACUCACAUUCUUGACCACCCAAAAAUCCAAGGCAGCAAGAAGUACAGUAAUCACGAAAAUGAUAACAAAACUGUCAACAAAUAAAGCUGAAAGGAUGUAAAAUGCCAAAGCUGCAGGCCACAUGAAAUUAAAGCAAUGAAACUCGUAUCAUUGUCCCAUAAAGAACAAAUAAUAAUAAUAAUAAUAAUGAUGAUGAUGAUGAUGAUGAAUCAUCGCCAAGUAAAUGUUUUGAACCUUGAAGAGGACGUGGAAGAAGCAAAUUCUUGGGUGUGCAUAACUCUCCCCUGCAGGCUGACCAAAGAGAUAUAAAUGUCAGAUAGCAAUUAAAGUGUUUUGUACAUAAGCUUGUCCGCACGCAGAAGAUUAAAGGAAAAAAAAUGAAUGCUUGAGAAGAUGAGAAACUGAGAGUAACACACUUAAGGUAAUUUGAUAUCUGCAUAGAAAACCUCUAGAUGCCUCAGAACAACAUGCCGAAAGGAGAGAUAAAUCAAGUUAAAAGGAUAAGGGAAGGGGGAAGGAAGUACCUAUAAAUAGUUCAAAAACAACUGUAAACAAAGACAUACAUAUGAGAACACAAAAGAGAACAUAAACAAGAAGAGGCAUGAGCCAAGCCUUCAUAACAUGAUAAGGCCUAGUUGGUGUUGCAAUGACAGUUUUUGCAUUAGACAGUUAUUUGUUUAAUGAUCUCCUUACAAUUAUUCAGGGGACAUAAGAGGAUAAUUAUGAGGACCAGGGACUUCUUAGUUAUUCAAGUUUUAAAAAAUUUCCAUUCUCCUAUCAACAUUUUCCUAUAGAGGAGAUAAAACAAAAACGAGAGGCACAAAAGAUACAACAUCUGAAUCCGGCUGCAAUGAAUAUUCAGACUUAUCUAUGAUUGAUAUCAACCAACAAAUGAGAAAGAUAGGCAUCGCCAGCCUUCGAACCAUUUUUCCAUUGGAAAUUCCAGAUAAAAUGUUGGGAUCCCAAAAAUGUUCACGAUAUUCAGUCACUAUAAAGAUAACUUAGAUUACUAUACCAAAAUUCUUUACCACAUUACUCACGUAACACAAAAACAAAUAACUCUGUCUCCCAGUGACUGACUGUAACUAGGCAUAGACUGAGAGUGCACAAAAGCAUUGUUUUACAAAUGGAUGACUAUUUGUGCAAGCAGUGUGUACCCUCCAAACCAGAACGAGUUAAGUAGCAAGGUUAAUGCCUCAUCCGAACCAAUUUAGAGAAGAAAAUUGGGAACUUGAAGAAGAGAAUUUGCUCGGCCAUUGCUCCGUCUUCAUUGUGGGAAUCCUGCCAAUGGUAGUCCAUUUAUAUAUAAUAGAUUUAGGUUGUAUUUUCUUAUUACAAUUGAACUCAUAGACCGUCCCACAAUCCUGUUCGAUUAGGAAUAAGAGGAAAAGGGAGAACGAGAACGGAACUGGAAUUAGUAUUUGGUUUCGUAUCUGGGAAUGGGAGCCCAUGGUUGCAGUGAAUCUUCAGGUAGGAGGGAGCGGUGGAGGUAGUAGAGAUGAAGGAAAAUAGCAGUGAGCGGUGCUGGCGAAGGUUACGAUGAGAUCGCGGUAACAUAACAUUGGAUUUGUGCUAGGGGGGACCCAAAAAAACCCCCUGAUGGAAAAACAAAGCCCCGGAUAAAAAGGGAAUUUAGGAAAAAAAAAAAAAAGAAACCCAGUCAAAAACGACGUCGUUUUUGCAGUAUUUUUUACAAGAUCUAUCCAGUAUUUUUUACAAAACUUUCAACAAUUAAGCCUAUUAGCUUGGAAGUAUUCAGAUUCAGUAAUCCACCAAUAUACAACAAAUAUGGUCAAAUACAAAGCAAAUGUAGCAGAACAGAAGUACACAGAAACAGAAAUGACAUGGAGAAUAAAAAUAUAAUGAUAAUGGAACACAAAUGAACAUAAGGCACACAGUAAUAAUUCAUCAGAAGGCCAAGGUGUAAAAGCACUCCAAAUUAACACAACAUGUUUUAACUAAUAAUUGAUCUCAGAUGUUAUGUAUUUUUCUGGUUCCUCACAUCUCAUCAAAAGCACCUACCAUCUCGAUAGGCGAAUGGCAUUACAAGAUCAAUCCAAUCGAUGGUUCAUCAACCAGAAGAGAACAAAGACAGUCACAAUGGAGAGAAAUUAACACAAGGAUUUAAAAGAAGAGAAUUAAACAGACUUUUUGAAAAAAGGAAACACUUUUUUUAGACAAAAUUGUAGACAUCUGAUAAUAAUAUCAUCAACCUAUAUAGAGUACAUCUUUCAAAUUUUGUUUGCAAAUGACUUGUAUGUAUUUCUAGUUUCUAAAUCUCUAGAAUGAUACGGG